AUGGACAGCUCCCCGCCCAACAUCCUCCAAGUGUGUAAGGACGACCACAACAGUUCCACGGAGCUAACUGCGUGUGGAGAAUGCAGUAAGGACAACCACAACAGUUCCACGGAGCUAACUGCGUGUGGAGAAUGCAGUAAGGACAACCACAACAGUUCCACGGAGCUAACUGCGUGUGGAGAAUGCAGUAAGGACGACCACAACAGUUCCACAGAGCUAACUGCGUGUGGAGAAUGCAGUAAGGACAACCACAACAGUUCCACAGAGCUAACUGCGUGUGGAGAAUGUAGUAAGGACGACCACAACAGUUCCACAGAGCUAACUGCGUGUGGAGAAUGCAGUAAGGACGACCACAACAGUUCCACAGAGCUAACUGCGUGUGGAGAAUGCAGUAAGGACGACCACAACAGUUCCACAGAGCUAACUGCGUGUGGAGAAUGCAGUAAGGACAACCACAACAGUUCCACAGAGCUAACUGCGUGUGUAGAAUGCAGUAAGGACGACCACAACAGUUCCACAGAGCUAACUGCGUGUGGAGAAUGCAGUAAGGACAACCACAACAGUUCCACAGAGCUAACUGCGUGUGGAGAAUGCAGUAAGGACAACCGCAACAGUUCCACGGAGCUAACUGCGUGUGGAGAAUGCAGUAAGGACAACCGCAACAGUUCCACGGAGCUAACUGCGUGUGGAGAAUGCAGUAAGGACAACCACAACAGUUCCACAGAGCUAACUGUGUGUGGAGAAUGCAGUAAGGGCAACACACAACAGUUCCACGGAGCUAACUGCGUGUGGAGAAUGCAUAAGGACGACCACAACAGUUCCACGGAGCUAACUGCGUGUGGAGAAUGCAGUAAGGACGACCACAACAGUUCCACAGAGCUAACUGCGUGUGGAGAAUGCAGUAAGGACAACCACAACAGUUCCACGGAGCUAACUGCGUGUGGAGAAUGCAGUAAGGACAACCACAACAGUUCCACGGAGCUAACUGCGUGUGGAGAAUGCAGUAAGGACAACCACAACAGUUCCACGGAGCUAACUGCGUGUGGAGAAUGCAGUAAGGACAACCACAACAGUUCCACAGAGCUAACUGCGUGUGGAGAAUGCAGUAAGGACAACCACAACAGUUCCACAGAGCUAACUGCGUGUGGAGAAUGCAGUAAGGACAACCACAACAGUUCCACAGAGCUAACUGCGUGUGGAGAAUGCAGUAAGGACAACCACAACAGUUCCACGGAGCUAACUGCGUGUGGAGAAUGCAGUAAGGACAACCACAACAGUUCCACGGAGCUAACUGCGUGUGGAGAAUGCAGUAAGGACAACCACAACAGUUCCACGGAGCUAACUGCGUGUGGAGAAUGCAGUAAGGACGACCACAACAGUUCCACAGAGCUAACUGCGUGUGGAGAAUGCAGUAAGGACGACCACAACAGUUCCACAGAGCUAACUGCGUGUGGAGAAUGCAGUAAGGACAACCACAACAGUUCCACAGAGCUAACUGCGUGUGGAGAAUGCAGUAAGGACAACCACAACAGUUCCACAGAGCUAACUGCGUGUGGAGAAUGCAGUAAGGACAACCACAACAGUUCCACGGAGCUAACUGCGUGUGGAGAAUGCAGUAAGGACAACCACAACAGUUCCACGGAGCUAACUGCGUGUGGAGAAUGCAGUAAGGACAACACAUAA